AUGGAAUCCACAGACAGUCGAGUGGGCCGCGGUACGUGGGCUCGUUAUAAGCUUGCGCAGGCUCAGUUCACCAGCUGGGUCAAACAAACCGCCGACAAGGUCGUGUCCCAAAAACCGAACAAUGGCAAUGCCUCCGAAGACCAGACAAAAGCCAUCGAAACAGCCCCGGCGUCUGUAAUAAAAGAAUCCCGACGGCAAAAGAAGGCACGAGCCAAAGCCACCGUCACCCCCCUCGCCGACCCGCGCCUCGAGACCAACGUCGAAAGCGCCAAAUCCGUCCACUGGACCGAGCUCGAGAUUCUCGCCCUCAAGAUCGCCGACAACGCCGAGCCCGAGCAGAUCCCCGAUGCCGCCGUCAACAUCCUCCGCGAUGUCGUCAACCUCCGCAAGAAAAGCUUCAAGUUCUUCAGUGGCGCCGCCGCCAAGCGACCGGCCGACCGAAAGCUCCAGGAGAGCAACCAAACCCACGCCCACAUCAUCAACGUCCUCGAGCGCAUCCUUGCCAAGUUCGAGGCCCUGAUCUCGGCUCGCUGCAAUGACUCCAAGAACGAGAAACCCGACGAAAAGAACCCAAUGGGCCUGUCCGAUCUCAUCAACAUGUUCACCCAUCUCGAGGUUCAGACGCCGCCCGACGCAGACGCAGCCGAAGAUGACCAAGCUGACCCACCGUCCGAAGAUGACCGAAAGUCCACGAGGUCCAAGAAAUCACACAAGAGCAAAAAGAGAACCAAGAAGCCGCAAAAGGAACGGCGCAGUGAGACACGGUCAUCUCGCCACUCCGCGACAGACAACAACGACGAAAAUUCGUGGUUGGACACGUUUGACUGGGGCCUGCCCUCGGCAAACGAGGACGAUGAAGACGACGAGUUCGACUUCUACAUGAUGGUCUACUGCUUUUUCGAGGACUUUAACACCAUCCGAAACUACGUGCAAGAGCGUUGGUGCGACUACUGGUAUGACCGGUCCGUCCAUCUGAACACCUUGGCCGUCAUCACCAACGCCGCCUUUGAGCUAUUCCACAUGCUCGAGUGGGACCUCAUGAAGGGGCUCAAGUUCCAUCCCGACCUCACCUGCUACGAGUGGAUGAUGGACAUGCUCUUUAUUCAAGUUGGCCUCGAACACAUCGAUUACGAUGCGUACGAUGACCUCAACCAGGAGGAACACGACGAGCGUUUGUGGAGGGACGAGGCUGACUGGCUCGCCUUCCCGUCUUAUUGUACUAUAAUUCGGACCCUCAAGAAUAUCUCUCCCGGCAAGGUUCCCAUGCUGCCACCUUCAGCCCGGAAGCAGGUUGUCUAUGGCGCACAUAACAUGAAGACCUGGCAGAAAUUCGGAAACACCAUCAGCUUCCAGAUGAUCACAGAGGGUUCUUUGCUAAAGGCCCUCAAGAAGAACGGGCAGGUUCCCCCAAAGCUCCCAGCCGAGCCACUACUGUUGCAAGACUGGCAGGAAUCGCUCAAGAGGCAUAUUGUAACGUCUUCUCUCAUCUUCUCCUUCCACCUGUGGGUCGAUAUCCGCCACAUCAUGGAAAAGGAUGUCAUCAAUCCGUUCAACGAAAUGCAAAAGACAGGCCAAAGAGUCGUGAAUUCGCUUCGCGAUCACGAUCCCAGCACUGUAACCAGAGACAGGGCAUUCAAACGGGAGUACAGCGAGCGCAUCCAGGAUACCACUGAGUUCCUGCUAGAGGACUUCACCUACGAAGAUAAAAUGUUCCGCUUCCGACAAAUGGGCAUUGAAGAAGACCCAGAAGAGUUCUUUCUCCUCAAGAACGAGCCCGUGUGGGCAGGGCUCCUCGAUUUCCGCGCAAGGCUUGUGCAUAGCGAAAUGGGCCACCAAUUUGCUGCCUUCACCUACGUUCUUGAGGCCGCUUCCUACCUGUACCAUGCCGCUCGUGCUGCGGAUCCAAGCUUGCCUGUCUGGCCCAACAUGGAGAAGCUGAACGAAACUUAUCUCGACGACAGCAUAUUCAAGAGCGGCUUCCUCGGGGUACAGGAUCCUGUCGCCAUUAUCCACAACUACCAACUCGCGAUCAAGCCACCAGCAGGCUGGGAUGGGCCUCCCGAUCUCGCAAGUAGGUCCGGUUUCGCUCAAUCGGUCAAGAUUCGAAGAACUCUGUACUAUCGAUAUGGGUUUGCCGAAGAAGACUAUUACUACGAGAUUGCCUACAUGGGGCAUCUGGCCAUGCACCGACUCCAGCUCGAACGACGCCGAAUAACCCCAGACACCCUUGUAGUUUCUACACGGGAGGCGAAUGAGUUGUUGGAGAACGGAGAAGAGGUCAACGGCACUACGGCUGUCAGGACAGGUACCUAUUCGGUUGCGCCACCCAAGUUGGAUGAGAAGACCGAGGAGUACUUGCGACGCAAAGCGGUUCUGUCCAAGUUAUCGCCUAUCGAGAUGCUGCAGCUGGUUGAUGACUCCGUCCAGUCACUUCUCGAAGGUCUUCUUCAGCUUGACUACUUACGACUGUUUGACGAGGCGACGUUGUUCUUGCAAGAAGUUAUGGAUGGCUUUGGGCCCAAAAUGCAACAACGGGUUAACUACAAGGAAGCGGGAGUUGAUCCGCCCACGAGGUUGGAUAAGCUACCAACUUACCUGGGCGAGGACUUGAAGGCUGCUGCGGAGGCUGGCGAUGGCAAAGAGUCUGACAUCAUCGAUAAGCUUGUCGAGGGAGCCGGGGAAUUCCUGACGCAGAUGAGGUUUGAUGAAGAUACAAGUUUAUCUCCUGAAGCAGCAGCUAUUGAGGAAGCAGCCGUUGAAGAAGCGCGAAAAAGUUUCUGGCCCUUAGGGCCAACAACGGCAUAA